UACAGUAGUAUCUCAUAGUCCCCACCUUGUUCCACUUAAGAGAGGGUGUUGAUACCCUUUGGGGAUCUGUAAUUUGAGAUCAACAUUGUCCUCUAGAGUCACUGGAGCAAGGUCUAUUUUCUACACCUAUUGUUAAAAAUAGUGAGUGAUGUUUUACUUCUUGGCUUCUAGUUGUAUGACCCAAUUUCUUUUGUUUGGGAAGAUAACCUGGGACUUGCCACAGGGGUCUACUCUCUGUCCAUCCUGUGGUUGGUGCUGGCUAAAUGGGUUCCCUGAAAUCACCACACUCAAAGCCUUGAGGUUUAAUUCCUUCAAAAGGAUUAAUAUCACACUGCAUCAUUUGAGAAUGAGUAACCACACAGAUGCAGAACAAGAAGUACUAUUGGAAAGAAAAGGUUGUGCAGGAGUGAUAACACUGAACAGACCAAAGAACCUAAAUGCAUUGAAUCUGAAUAUGAUCCGGCAAAUUUAUCCACAGUUAAAGACGUGGGAACAAGAUCCUGAAACUUUCCUGAUCAUUAUAAAGGGAACUGGUGCAAAGGCUUUUUGUGCUGGGGGUGAUAUCAUAGAAAUUGUAAAGGGAAACCAGAAGAUAUCUCAGAAUUUCUUCAGAGAAGAAUAUAUGCUAAACAAUGCCAUUGGUUCUUGCCAGAAACCAUAUGUUGCAUUUAUUCAUGGAAUUACGAUGGGUGGGGGAGUUGGAGUCUCGAUUCAUGGGCACUUCCGAGUGGCUACUGAAAAGUCUCUUUUUGCAAUGCCAGAAACUGCAAUAGGACUAUUCCCUGAUGUUGGUGGAGGUUAUUUUUUGCCAAGACUUCAAGGAAAACUUGGUUACUUACUUGCAUUAACAGGAUUCAGGCUGAAAGGAAGAGAUGUGUACACAGCAGGGAUUGCUACACACUUUGUAGAUUCUGAAAAGUCCAAGAUUGAUCAAGGCAAGUCUUUCGUACUUGAGGAACACAUGGACAAAAUAAACAGUUGGUUCUCCGCCAAUACUGUGGAACAGAUUAUUGAAAAUUUACAGCGGGAUGGUUCAUCUUUUGCCCUAGAGCAAUUAAAGGUAAUUAAUAAAAUGUCUCCAACAUCUCUAAAGAUCGCAUUAAGGCAACUCAUAGAGGGGUCUUCAAAGACCUUGCAAGAAGUAUUAACUAUGGAAUAUCGGCUGAGUCAAGCUUGUAUGAGAGGACAUGACUUUCAUGAAGGCGUUAGGGCAGUUUUAAUAGAUAAAGACCAGAGUCCAAAGUGGAAACCAGCCACUCUAAAAGAAGUUACUGAUGAAGAUUUAAAUAAUUUCUUCAAAUCUCUGGGAAGCAAUGAUUUGAAAUUUUGAAGUGACUGGACUUGGAAGGUAUUUUGGAGCAGGGGUUAGCAAACUAUGGCACAUAGCCCAAAUCUGGCCUGCUGCCUGUUGUUUAUAUAUUCCACAAGCUGGGAAUGGUUUCUGCAUUUUUAAAUGGUUGGGGAAAGAAAUCAAAGGCUAAUAUUUAAUGACCUGUGAAAAUUGCAUGAGAUUCCAAUACUAGUAUUCCUAAAUAAAGCUUUAUUGGAACAUAGCUGUAUGCAUCCAUUUACAUAUUAUUUAUGGCUGCUUUGAGCAAUUACAGCAGAGACUGUAAGACCUGCAAAGCCUGAAAUAUUUACUGUCUGGUCCUUUUCAGAAAAAAAUUGCCAACCCCUGAUUUAGAAGAUGGGAAAUUUGAAGGUCUCUAGAGAUUCUUGAGUUAGUGGAUCUAAUUCAAAUGGGAGCUUCAAGUUUUGGCUUUGGGUAGUGGUUAAUAUGUUGAUUAAGUAAAUCUGUGUAUAGAUUAUAAAAAAUAAAAACAGGAAUGUU